AACCAACCAACCAACCAGCGAUGACAGCAUUCCGUCAGUCAACCGAGGCUUCUCUCAAGCAACCAUAGUUCGCCUCUCCAAACAACCUUCUCUUUACCUGUGCCUGGUGAAGCAUUCAUUCACUCUCCGAUUUCCCCAAAGCAUCUUCUGAAGCAGUACUGACACAAGUGGCUACCUCCUAGGCUUCUGUUUUAGCAUCUGAGGUAUCCUAUUUCGCUGCGUGACACCUUAUUGAGCAAGCAUCUGCACCGCAAAGUGAUAGUUCCUCGGACUGCUUCAGCUGCUGCCUUGCAGUGUGCAGCCAGUACUUGGGCUAGUGUCAGCGAGUCACCAUGAAUCCUGAGUAUGACUACCUGUUCAAGCUUUUGUUGAUUGGCGACUCUGGUGUUGGAAAAUCGUGCCUCCUCCUCCGUUUUGCUGAUGACUCGUAUUUGGAGAGCUACAUCAGCACCAUCGGCGUAGACUUCAAAAUUCGCACUGUGGAGCUCGAUGGCAAGACGAUCAAGCUUCAGAUCUGGGACACUGCAGGCCAAGAACGCUUUAGAACCAUUACCAGCAGUUAUUACCGUGGAGCACACGGAAUUAUUGUUGUCUACGAUGUCACUGAUCAAGAGAGCUUUAACAACGUAAAGCAGUGGUUGAACGAGAUUGACCGGUACGCUAGCGAGAACGUCAACAAGCUGCUUGUGGGGAACAAGUGCGAUCUUACCAACAAGAGAGUCGUGGAUUAUCAAACGGCCAAGGCUUUCGCGGAUGAGAUUGGCAUCCCCUUCUUGGAGACCAGUGCGAAGAACGCCACGAAUGUAGAGCAGGCUUUCAUGACUAUGGCUGCUGAGAUCAAGAACAGGAUGGCGAGCCAGCCAGCUUUGGGCAACAAGACAGGACAGACUGUUCGUCCAGGGGAGAGCAGGCCUCUGCAACAGAAGAGUAACUGUUGCUAGCUACAGCUUGAUAUUCUUACACACCUACAACAGGCCUAGCUAUCAUUUAGACAUUCUUGCUGGUUUCUUGGAUAUAAUCCUUACAGUCAGCGGGAAUACAGAGCUAGACUUGUAGGAUCUUAGCUUUUGUUCCUCUUUCCUGUUUGACUCAUCAUUAUAUAAAGCCUAAAAAACUCUUCAGUUGGCUGUGAACAUAUUA